AUGGAGUCGCGGAGGCAGCUGAAGGGGAGAGGGAAAAGUCCUACGCAUAGGAUCUUUGAGAAGCCAAUCGCACGCCGCGAACGAGUGUUUGGAGCGGCGCACGCCACAGCGAUCCAAAGAAGCCCUUUGCAAAUUGAGGUACCCUUGAAGUGCAAAUGGAGACGACGCGUGGGAGAUUUGCCAGUUGAGAUUCCCGGCGCACAGCCAGCAGAUGCUGAUGAUGGUCACCACGGCAUUGUUGUGGGCGAGAUUGGUCCCUUCGAGCUUGAUCCUGCGACGCGACGAAGUUUGGACAACGCAUUGGGACUUGGCGGAAGCAGGUUUACUGUGAUGCAGUCCAAGCUUCCUGGGGAAGCAGCAACCGGCCGUCAGGACAUGGGCAUCCACGUAUCAACUGAAGGUGUCAGAGUGGCCGCUGCCCAAGGGUCUGGCUACCAGAAUCGGGACAGCAAAGAGAUCUAUGCUGAGUACUCGCCCGACUACCCCAAGGUCAUCAUCCAUCCUUUGGAUACAUCCAAGUUCCAGCUUGUCAUGAACGAAGUCAAGACCUUCCACCUCAUUGCGCUUUCUCGCACAUCUCGAGAUCUCAUAGCACUGACAAUCCGGUGCUUCCAUGCCAAGAAGUUCAUGUCUACACCCAGCAUUUUGCAGACAGUGUUGCCGGUUCAGUUGCCGGACACAGCAGGCUGCUUUCCUCAAUGA